AUGGCACUGAGAAGUCCUUAUUUGACGGAAACGAAUGUGAACGCUCGCCAUAAACAAAGAAGGAGCUUUGAAAGCGCAAACAAUAGCAGGUUUAAUUUGCCUAACAGUCACGAUAUAUCUAAUGAUACUGGGGAUACAGUGAGUCUGAAAAUGGACAAGUUGGGAAUGGGAAAGGGUUCUGGAAUCAGGAGAAAUACCUUGGUUAGGUCUCAACUAGCAGCUACACCUCGGGGGCAACCGACUGCUCCUUCUGCAUCUCUCAGCAGCACCCAGCCCAGAAGACCUGUCACUGCACCACCAGCUACUCAGGCUUGGGCAGACGAGCAGGCAGCACUGCAGCCGGACCAGGUUCAACAGGAUAAGAUCUGGAGAGAGUCUGUGGAGGCUGAACAGAGAGGAAGGAAAAUCUGGUACCAGAACUGGAGUUUCCUAAAGGACUAUGACCAAAUGGGUAAGAAAAAGGAGCAGAAGCCACUGCCAAACCAUAUGCCUGUGUUCUCAAGCAAAGUACCUAACUCGACCAACCACACUAUUGGCAGUCGAAUGAACACUGAACUUGGCAGGGCUCUGGUAAACAUGGAUUACUUCUUCAGCAGUGGAGCACAGAAAAGGAAACUUGGGGAUGAGCUCCAGCCUUCCUAGUGCUUCAGUAAACAUGUAACUAACAAAGCAAAUUGAAUGGUUCUAGCCAACAGACCCGACAGCAUGUAAAAAAUUCCUCAAUCUUUUUCUCAGAGAAACCAAUACUACUGUCUAGCAUGGAUUUUCUUCCAAGGGCAAGGGUGGAUGUUGUCCCACAAUGCCACAGGAGACAAUCCUCUUUGUAUUUGGGGUGACUCGGCCAUAUACAGAGAGUUAGCACGACAGAUCUCAUCCAUCUUCCCAUGCAAGUCUACAAGUAAGGAUGCCACUAACAUCAGAAAGAACAAGAUUACAGCCAAAAGGCAGUUUCUUCCUCAGUUAUCUCUUGAAAAUAAACAGUUAAUGGACACCCACUCAGAUGAGUCCCAACAUAAACAAAAUACUUCCAGUUCUGAAAGUCAGCACAUUAAGACACAGCAGCUUGUUGCAUUUCAUGAGGUUAGCCAAGGAUUCAUCAGCCUCUGUCAUCUGCAUGUUUAAGCUUGCUCUGAAGAAUAAAAUCUAGGGCACAUGAAAUGUGUUCUGUGCUUUUUCACUCCUCCCUCCUGAGGGAUGGAGACCAAGUUUUUUUCACACAAGUUUUAACUUUGUUUCUUUAGAUUUUCUGCUCUCUAAUUCCCUUUUAUUACUCUUUUUCUUUUUUUUUUUCUUUUUCUUUUUUUUUCUGGUUUAGCUGAUGGAAAGUCAUUGACAAGGAAGCAGGCUUUCACAUUUUGCUCUGAAGGCAUGUCGGCUCAGCAACCUGUCUUACACUCUUAGGAUCAUCAACCUUGAAUUUAACAGAUUCAUGUUCCUAAAAUCUGUGGUUGCCCAGGGAAACCAUCAUCAAGCUAAAUCAACACAAUACCUAAAGCCUGUUCACUACUGCAUCUUCAUUUCAUAGGUGCAAACUUUAUGACUUGUUCUGUAAGGAAAAAGCAGUAAUCAGCAGAGCAUGGAGAGUGUACAUACAAUAUCUGCCUUUUGAACUGUAUGUAGCUUUUGUAGGAUCAUGCUCAGUCCUAGGUGGAGAUCAACACAGAAGCCAUUAGCAUUGCCUUGAUACAACAGGCUGCAACCUCUCACCAGGCUGAGGUGGAGAUGUGCACAGUUAUGUUCUGCAACUAAGGCUAUUUGUUUUUAUGAUGAGACUUCAGUAGCAGCAGACAAAAAGAACAAGAGGUGGUAUGGAACAGUGCGAUCACUGUCAACAUCCAAGCAGUCUCGGGGAGGUGGUGGCAGGGAGCAGGGGUGGGGAGAUACUGUAGAAAGAAGAGCCAAAUCCUACUCACUGAAGUCACGGCAGCAAGAAGUUCUCCCGGCUUCCUCAAUACAGUGAGAACUGCAGGAUUAAGGCUUUCAAGAUGACAGCUAAACUACUGAAAGAAGGACGACUGCAUCAUGCAAUCAGCCCAGGUGAGAAGGACUGAUUCCACUCUGUGCAGACAUGAAUUGUGAUACACAACUGUGCUCAGACGCCUCAAAUGGGAACCUACCCUUUAAAAAAGACAUUUUCUCGUUCAGCUAAAGAGCUUUCUGCUCUUUCCUGUGAGCAGAAAACUGCAGCAGGAACCAGUUUGUCCUCCAACCUCUGAAAGAGGGAGAGAGUAGAUCAAGCCUUUCCUUCUCCCUGUGUUGUCCAGAGCUGCUUCUAAACACUGCACAGGCCACUCGGAGGUUACACAGUUAUUGGUGACUGCAUAAUACUGAAAGUCACUACACUUGCACACCUUACUCUGAGACACACUGAGAUGCAGUGAGAAGCCUCAAGCCUUGCUGUGGGUCACAAAUCAUGUACUGAGUGGCAGAUGUCCGGUACCUGUCAAGCUCAAGCUCCUACUCAUGCAAGAACAUUUCAUUUACAAGGCAUGUAUUUGAGCAUGAAGGCAUACAGAGCUCCAUCCAUGUUUCCUAACCUCCAGAUGGCACUCACUCCACACUAAGUUAUGGCAACGCAGUGUUACACAAUUUCUGUUUAAUUUCAAGGGACUUCCAGUAAUUCCAGAUUCUUGGCUCUGUUUGCUGUGUGUGAAUCCAGAGAAUCCAUCUCCCAGAGAGUUCCUGCAAACUGGAGGGUAUGGGAAAGAGGAUGGUCUUAGCAGUCCAUGAUUUAAUCCUUUCACUUCACUUAGCACUGGCAUUGUUUCAGCUGAAGCACUUCUCCCAGUUUUGGCCAAGACCUUCCAUGUCUUACCCUAAAAAGGUGGGCCACUAAGCAGUCUAGAGAAGCAGUGAUGGUACCUGGAGCAUGGGAAGAUAUGUCCUAUGAGGGAAAAUUAAAAAGACUGUUAAAGUUUAACCUGAAGAAGAAAAAGCUGUCUGGGAAGAGGAUAGCAGUGUUUAGAUACACGUAUAUCUCUGGAAUGAGAAAAGGAAUCAUUUGCACUUCAUGUGAAUGGUGGACAAUAGUAAAAAUAACAGGCUUAAAUUACAGCAAGGAAGAAUCAUGUUAACUUUUUGGGAAGCUAAAGGUAAGGCUAAUACAGCACUGGAAUAGAUUCCCUAAGGAAUCUUCACCUAUGAAGGUUAAACACACACAUCCAUCAAAAGUGGUGUAUUUAAUAGAGUUGGACUGUUAGUAUAUAAAUUGAAUGACCAUCUGAAAAGCCUUUCACCAAUCCCCUGACUACACCAGGGGUGCUGGGUUCACAACAUGCUUUGCAAACGUGGUUUUUCAAACACAUUCAAAAAGAAUAAAACCCCACCCUAUUUCAGUUACACUGGGUUUAAAUAGAUUACACCUCUAAAAUACAGAUUAAUCACCUAUUUAUUUUGAUAGAAAAUAUAUUUCUUAUUCUUCUAACUACUCAUAGACAAUGCUUUUCAGAAGGUCUAGACAUGCCUCUUUUAAUUGCACACAUCUAAGAGGCUCGACUAGUGCCCUCCUGACAGCCACACAAGAACACUCCUCAAAGAGCACAUUCAUGUCAUUAUGUCACAUGUGUGAAUGGCAAUAACUAAUUUUCUUUGAACAAUUUCAGGAAGCCUUUAUUAAUGUAGUCCUGACUGUGUCCUUAACCAGACCAAACAUCCGCUGAGAUGCCAGGCAGUUCCUGCAGUGGGUACUUGCACUGAUUACAUGUAUACAGCACCAAGACCCUCAUACAACCUCACACUCCUUCUCAGCUGUACUUCUUUGCACAGGUCACUUCAGUCCAAUAAAUCACAACAGACUUUCCUGUACCUUUCAGGUACAGCUGAAGUGGAGCCAAAAUAUGCAAGGAUUUUUGGCUUAAUCAUCCAAGUGCACAACCUUGGAAAACGUAGCUCUGUGCCUUGUUGCAAGAUCAGAGCUACCCAUAGCUAUACUGCCUCUUUUGACGUGGAAUAAAGUCAUUUAUUCCUGACAUUCUGAUCCAGCUAAUUGAAAUGACUCUAAAAUACCAGUGGGCAACAAGUGGAUAGGAGUAGCUCUGUUCACCCCCAAAACACCAGCUCAUUCCUGUUCAUUUCCUUUUGAAAUCAAUAGCAACUCUUAAGCACUUGACAUCUUAAUGAUUAUCUCUAAGGGAAAAUGACUGGAGAACAAAAUUUUCCUGUGUGGAACGGAUCUGAUAAUCCAUGUGAUACGGGAACAUUGUGUCAAACUGGACACCUUACUUUCCUUAGAAAUGCUAAUUAUUUCAUGCUGCUGCAGUUAGCCCUCCUCUGGUACCCAGUGUUUUGUUUCCAAAGUUAUUCUGGAUCUCUCCACCAUGUACAGCAAUCUCCAGAAAAGACCUUUCGGGAAUAACCAAGAUCUUAAUCAAAACUGCCUUAACAUCUGCAAGCAGAAGGCAGCAAACAAGUUACUCUGUUUUCAUCUCACGUUUAACAAGUUUUUUUUACCAUAAUUAACUUUGCCAACUAAUCCUUAUUUACAUAAGCAGAGUCCUUUAGAAAGAAUGGAUGAGAUGAUAACAACAUUGAAAUCUGUAAAUAAUUAGUGGAAAUUUCAUUUAUUAAAGAGAUUGUGCAGAUAUUAAACUGUGUUGUAAGCUUCUUGUGAAGAGUUCUCAUUAGGUGUUGUAAGUUUUUCUCCCUUUUGCUGCCAGAUCUCAAACAAGAGAUUAUGCAUGUUUAGACAAUUAAUUUUCUGUAUUGCUUCCAGCUAAAGAGCAUAAGUGGGUAGCUAUAUUAAUUUUAUUCUUCAGUUAGAUACACUGCUUUCUCUGGUAGACUUUGAGGGUUGUUAAUAUUAAUUGUAACUUGGUGCAUAGAUGUUUCCAGUGCCUCCAAAUCUUGUGUGUUCUCAUUUUGAGUUCCACUUUUA